AAUAAAAACUAAAAGUAAAGAAGAAUUGAAAAAAAGAAUUUCUCACAAACACAAAUCACCACAUUGACACGUCUAAAUCUAAAUAAAUAAAUAUUUGUUUAUAAAAUGUUCAUAUUAUGUUCAUAAUAUAUUUUAAGUUAAAUAUUAAAUUUUAAAGUCAUAUUUUACUACCUACCUUAUAAAUCCAGUUUUGUAUUUAACGAUUUCUUCAAAUUGUAGAUAGUACAAAAUUUUAAAGGAUAAAACGAUCGCUCUCACAAAAUGACAAGAAAAUUCAUUCAAAUUUAAUAAUUUUAAAAAUUUCAUUUCACGCAUUAAGCAGUAAAAGUAAUAUUCAAUUAAUAUGGAUGAACAGACAUCAAUGCUAUUGUUAUUGGCAAUAGUAAUGUUAGUUGGCUCUUAUCUUGCUGGAAAUAUACCACUGGUAGUAAAUUUGUCCGAAGAAAAACUUCGUAGUGUGACAAUUUUUGGGGCAGGUCUAUUAGUGGGUACAGCGUUGACUGUGAUAAUUCCAGAAGGAAUAAGCGCUCUGUCUAUGGACAAUGAAAUGUCAACUACAAAGGAUAAUAAAAUUUAUACCAGCGGAGUAACAACUAAAAAAGAAAAUGCGAAUAUUCAUCACGCACAUACUAACGAUUAUUCCAGUACAAUAGGUCUUUCACUAGUUUUAGGUUUUAUAUUCAUGUUACUUGUGGAUCAAAUUUCACAAAGACGAAGUAGUAGUGACAAAAACAUCACGGCUACGUUAGGAUUAGUUGUACAUGCUGCUGCCGAUGGUGUCGCUCUAGGGGCUGCUGCUACUACUAGCCAUCAAGAUGUUGAAAUGAUUGUUUUCCUUGCCAUAAUGUUGCAUAAAGCCCCAGCGGCGUUUGGUUUGGUCAGCUUUUUACUUCAUGAAGGCAUUGAUAGACAACGCAUAAGAAAACAUUUAGCUAUAUUUUCAUUAUCAGCACCAUUAUUUGCAUUGAUUACAUACUUUGGCAUAGGCCAAGAGCAAAAGGAAACCUUAGAUUCUGUUAAUGCUACAGGAAUUGCAAUGCUGUUUUCGGCUGGAACAUUUUUAUAUGUAGCCACAGUUCAUGUUUUACCAGAAUUAACGCAAAACACAGGUCACUCUCAUUCUCAUAACUCAAGUGGGCGCUCGAAUAUAAAUUACGAUCCUUUAGAUAAAGGUGAAGACGGAAAUGGAAUAUCUAUCAUUAACGCAAAUCCGAAAGGAUAUGGAGGUCUAAAAAAUUUUGAAUUAAUAGUAAUGGUAUGUGGUGCUCUUUUACCAUUAAUUAUUACAUUCGGACAUCAUCAUUAGGCUAAAUUUGUUUACUUAAAAUUAAAAGAAAAUUGACUAAAGUAAUUUGAGUAGAAUGCAAUGAUUUGUAUAAUAAGUAAUUGAUAUUGUGAAAACUUGUCUGUUUUAAGCAUUAUAAAAAUUAUUUUAUUUAACAAAACUGUUAUGUUAUACGUGAAAAAAAUUAAGUAGUUUUUGUAUUUUAAUUUUGAAACAAUAAAAUAAUUGUACAUUCGA